UUGGUUUUCCUCGGGUUCCAGCUCGUUUUUCGUCUACAGCCGGACGCCUCUCUCUCGGACAGCGUCAGAUCGGUAGCAGAAUCUCUUUCUUUUCGCAUCUUCACUUGCUUCUACAAAUUUCUACCAAAAUCGCAUGCGCCGUUGCUCCACGCGUUCGUGUCUGCUUCUGCAUCGUCACAAGUUGGAACAGACCAAUUCAACACUUACGUUACAGCUAAUCACGAACUGUGUUCACACGAUCCGUUGAGCUCUGAUCUGAUGCUUCAACUCAGUUGCUCAUUUUGUCUUGAUGGCCAAAAGAUAUUCUCAUCCCGGCAGCAGUGGACCGCAGUUUCAACUCCGCGGCUUGAAGCAUGA